AUGCAUCAAAUUUACAGCUGCAGUGAUGAAAAUAUCGAAGUUUUCACCACUGUGAUUCCUUCCAAGGUGUCCAGUCCAGCCAGAAGAAGAGUCAAAAGCUCUCAACACCUCUUGACCAAGAAUGUGGUGAUCGAGUCGGACCUCUACGCGCCCCGGCCCCUGGAGCUGCUGCCGCACCGCAGCGAGCGCCGGGACGGCGACGGCCGCAGGUCGGGCCGGCUGCAGAGCGCGCGGCCGCAGGGACCCCACCCCGCGAAAACCCCGGCCAGACCUGUGGGGAUUUCUGAACCCAAAUCAUCAAAUCGUUGUGGGAGUCGGGCAUAUGGAAAAUCUUUGAUUGCUCCGGUGGCCCGGAUCUCUGUGAAAGCCCCCACUGUCCUGGAGGUGGCAGCCCCGGGCUCAGAGAAUGGAGCUGUUCUGACAAGAGGAUCUAGACAUCUCAAGAAGAUGACUGAAGAGUAUCCAACCCUUCCCCAGGGAGCAGAAGCCUCCCUACCGCUGACAGGAAGUUCCUCCUGCGGCGUCCCUAGCAUCCUCCGGAAAAUGUGGACGAGGCACAAGAAGAAGUCAGAAUAUGUGGGAGCUACCAACAGCGCCUUUGAGGCCGACUAAAGGUGACCCUCCCCAGCUGCCCAGCGUUGGCCAAAGUUCACUGCACAAGGGGAGAAAACUUCCAGAUUGGAACUGAGCCACAUUCGCUUCUGUUAGUAGCUGGUCCAAACACAUCCUCCUCCCUUCCUAACUGAUUGCCCUGGCUUAGGAUGCAGGAAAGGAACUUCCCUCGAAGGCAAAAGAAAACUAUUCCUUCUUAGAAUCGAUAAAGCCACUGGUCUGAAAAUGACUUGUGGGGGUCAUAAAGUUUAUCUCCCUAUCUUUAAGCAAAACCACACCAAAAUCAAACUUUACCCAUUUUAAAGACCUCCAAGGAAGGAAGCAGGCAAUUCUUCAGUCUUCCUUGUGAGUCCUUCUAACGUGUGUGAUUUCUGGUGUAAAUGUAAGAGCUUGAUGUUUGAUACUAUUCUAUCACAAUUUAUUUCAUCUUGAGGAGGUACGGUUUUUAAUGACAAAGCACUACAUGUUUACUUAGUAGUUCUAAUAUCCACUUGAGAAUAUUGUCAAGGUUGGUUUUGAUGAUCAUUUGGCAUGACUGCAUGAAUUCUGUAUUCUUUUAUAUGAUUUUCUAUAGAAAAACAUGAUUAAAAAUUAAAUGUUGAAUGCUAAUGUUUUCUAAAGUGGCAUAGUCUAGUGGAAUUAAUAAUACCUUGCUUUGGUAUAAUGAUUUUAACUUUGAAAAGUGCUUUCCCAUCCGUUUUCUCUUAUUUUCACAAAAUCCCUGUUAAAGAAAGCACAAUUAUUCCCAAUCUUCAGAUGGAGAAACCAAGGCUUUAAGAGGCCAUGUGACUACGUACCAGAUAGUGGAACGAGAUACCAGGUCCUCAACUUCUCCACCAGAUUCCUUGCUUUGCUUACUCUAGCAAUGAUUUGACGAAGGUUUUGAGGAGUGGGGGUAUGUCUCUGGGGGCAACCUUUGAAGUGAAGAAUUUGAUAAAGUUGGAACAUGUAAGUGACUUGAAUGAAAUACAUCAUUAUGUAUUAGGUUGAACCAGAAGAAAUUGCUAUUUUGGUAGAUCAAAAACAAUUGCUUAUCAAUUUCAUGUAGUUCAGUCUAAUAUAUAAUAUUAUGCUUUCCUUCUUUUGAUGGAAAUGUCAUCAAUUCCAUUGUCAACAUGAGUAGUUUUAAAAUGAUAAUAUGAUAGUGAUAGCUUUUGUUUUUUAAAUGCUACUAUGUGCCAGGUGUGACACUGAGCGCUUUACCUACAUUAUCCCAAUCUUUCUAACAACUCUGAGUUAGGAGGCCUUAUCCAUUUAAUAGACAACAGUUGAAAGUGGUUAAAUGUUUAGUCUGAAGUCACAUAACCUACAUGGGUGUCAGGCUUCAGUGCCUGUGUUAUAUCUACUCUUACAACAGAAUAGCUCAGUAUAUAGAAAAGAUCAAGGUUAGGAAAUAUUUUCAUGUCAAAUACUAAACAUAGUUGCUUGGCAGAGGCUGCCUAGAGUACUGUGUGGCAAUGAGAUCUGAGAUAAAGGCGUGCAGUGACGAUUACUAAUGCCUGCCUGUGGAGGGGAUUAGUGGCAUAUGCCUGUGUAUUUAUCAUCUGUAGUUUCAAUUCUGCCCCCAGAAUGCUUGUUUUCUAAUUCAGAAGCUUAAAUUAAUCCAACUCAUUUAAUGAAACUAGAGACUCCAUGGUGAAAUUUAGUCUAGGCCUAUGUUGGAAAUUGCCAUGUCUUGGUACAAAGAAGAAUUUGGCCACAUUACUGGUCUCAGACUCAACUUUUAUUCAUAUGCUGCUGCUCUGUGGCCACGUGUUGCUUUUUGCUAAGUUACCUGUUUCCGUAUCUCCAGGUGAACAUAAGAAGGCAUGGUGGGAUAAGAGGCCUGGUCUUCUAGGCUUUCACCCUGCUGAUCUCUGCCCUUCAAGUGUUGUUUUAGACUCUGAACACCCAAUCCUCUCAUCGGAACAUGAUUUGGAGACUUGGGCAUCAAAUGUUCUUUCAAUGAGUGCCUCGUCUCAAUGGAGAGUCUAUUAGUGUUACACAGUAUAGAUAACAGGGCCUGGAACAAAGUUAGGGAGCAAACAGGUGAUAUAUGCUGGACCUAUCAGAGUAUCCUAAGAUUAUUUAUUUUAACUUAUUUAAUUUAUAACUGAUGUACUCUAUUUGUAUGUGGCAGCUGGAGAUUUCUAUAGGAUGGAACUAAUUUAUUUUUAAUUUAAAUAUUUCAUGAUGAAGUGUUUGCUUUGUACAGAACAUUUUAUUUGGCCAAUUCAAAUAAAAAUAAAGUGUGCUUUGUUUGUGACAUUAAUAAACCGCCACA